AUGGCUGGCUAUUUACGUGCCAUGCAAUUUGAUAAUGAUUCAGCGAGUCAUCAACAAGUUUGGGACGGUCUCCAACGUUUUCUCAACGAAGAUUGUGAUCCACAUACUAAACGAAGAAUGGAAAAAGUGUUUGCCGAACAAAAAGCUAGUGAUGAACUUGGUCUCAACGAUGAUGUGCUUUCCGUGGCCUACUCUCUAAUUGGUGAUGAUGCCUUAUAUAUUGAAAUUCUUGAAACUCUUCAAUUGAACAACCGACAGAAUCUUCCAUGGGAAGCUGUAAUCAAGAGAAUUCACCGUGUCACCACAGAGAAAAAACCUCACAUUUGGCCAACGUUAUGCAAGUUCUUGGAUGAU